AUGGCUCAACUUUCAAGACUUGCCAAAUUGUUUGUCAAGAUUUCGGACAACCUGACAGAAGAAGACGUCAGGAGUCUUAAGGCUUUGCUGUCUAUUGAAGAAGUUCUUGGCAGGGCAAAAAUUGAGAAAGCAACACCUCUAGAAAUCUUCGAUAUGCUGGUAGAAAAUAAAACUAUCGCCAAAGGGAACCUGGGCUUCCUUGUGCAGGUUCUAAAAAGUCUCAGAAAGGGAAAGUUGGCAGAAAAAGCUGAACGUCUGGAGCAAGAACAGAGAAUGGAAGCCUUACAGCUGGCACAGCAGACAGGGGAUCUACAGGAGAAGAUGCAAAUUUACUUCAAGAAGGGUGACAUGCAGAGGGAACAACUCCACUCCCCACGUACAGCCAUCCAGUAUUAUGAACAGCACCUCGCACUAGCCAGGCAGUUGGGGGACAGGCGUCAGGAGGGAUGGGCUUACAACAGGCUGGGAAUGGCCUAUUCUGACAUGGGGGAGUAUGAGACAGCUUUGAAGUACCAUCGGCAAUACCUGAAGAUAGUCCUAGAAAGCGGAGACCAGAAAGAGCAGACAAAGGCACACACAAAUGUGGGUGAAUCAUACAGGUUACUGGGAAAACUGAACCAGGCAACAUCCCACUUUAACACAGCCUUACAGCUGGUACAGCAGACAAGGGAUCUACAGGAGGAGAUGGAAAUUUACUUCAAGAAGGGUGACAUGCAGAGGGUACAACUCCACUCCCCACGUACAGCCAUACAGUAUUAUGAACAGCAUCUCGCACUAGCCAGGCAGUUGGGGGACAGGCGUGAGGAGGGACUGGCUUACAACAGGUUGGGACACGCCUAUUCUGACAUGGGGGAGUAUGAGACAGCUCUAAAGUACAAUCGGCAACAUCUGAAGAUAAUCCAAGAAAGCGGAGACAAGAAAGAGCAGAGACAGGCACACACAAAUGUGGGCGAUUCAUACAGGUCACUUGGCAAAACGGACCAGGCAACAUCCCACUUCCACACAGCCUUACAGCUGGCACAGCAGACAGGGGACCUACAUGGACAGAUGGAUGUUUACUUUAAUAUGGGUGACAUGCAGAGGGAACAACUCCACUCCCCACGCACAGCCAUCCAGUAUUAUGAACAGUACCUCGCACUAGCCAGGCAGUUGGGGGACAGGCGUGAGGAGGGAUGGGCUUACAGCAGGCUAGGACAGGCCCAUUCUGAUAUGGGGAAGCACCAAGAAGCCCUCGAGUGGUUCCAGAAAUCCCUAAAAAAAUUGGAUGGUGACAAAAAGGAGCAAAUACGACUGCACGCCUGUGUGGGUAAUGAAUACAGAAACCUGGGUAAACUGGACCAGGCAACAUCCCACCUCGACACAGCCUUACAGCUGGCACAGCAGACAGGGGAUCUACAUUUGGAGAUGAAUGUUUACUGUAAGAUGGGGGACUUGCAGAGGGAACAACUCCACUCCCCACGCACAGCCAUCCAGUAUUAUGAACAGCACCUCGCACUGGCCAGGCAGUUGGGGAACAGGCAUGAGGAGGGAGUGGCUUACAACAGGUUGGGACUGGCCCAGUAUAAGAUGGGAAAGUAUAAAGCCGCGGUGGAGUGGCAUCAGAAGGACCUUCAGAUAAACCAGGAAAGUGGACACAACAUUGCACAGAUAUUAGCACAUAAAAACAUGGCUGACUCCUACAAAGCGAUGGAUAAAUUGGACCAGGUCAGAUCUCACUACCAGUCAGCCCUGACCAUCGCCACGGAGACAGGAAACAAACAGGAACAGAUGGACAUUUACCUCAGCCUGGGUGAUUUACACAGGGAACAGCUGCAUGAACCACAGGAAUCACACAAGUACUACACAGAGAUGUUGGCUCUAGCUAAAGACUUGGAGAGGAAGGGCAAGGAGGGGCAGGCUUACAACAGACUCGGACUGGCUUGUGAUGACAUGCAGGAUAACGAGGCAGCUCUGGAGUGGUAUCAGAAGAGCCUGAUGAUGGAUCAAGAGGAUGAAAACAAAACUGACCAGUUAGCAGCACAUAAAAACAUAGCUCGUUCUUACCAGGCACUGGGUAAACUGGACAAGGCCAGAUCUCACUAUCAAUCAGCUCUGGCUAUCGCCAAGGAGACAGGAAACAAACAAGCACAGAAGGACAUAAACCUCGGCCUGGGUGAUUUACACAGGAAACAGCUACAUGAACCACAGGAAUCACACAAGUACUACACAGAGAUGUUGGAGCUAGCUAAAGACUUGGGGAGAAAGGACAAGGAGGGACUGGCUUACAACAGACUCGGACUUGUAUGUGAGGGCAUGCAGGAUAACGAGGCAGCUCUGGAGUGGCAUCAGAAGCACCUGAAGAUGAGCGAAGAGGAUGAAAACAAAACUGAACAGUUAACAGCACACCGAUGCAUAGCUCGUUCUUACCAGGAACUGGGUAAACUGGAGCAGGCCAGAUCUCACUAUCAGUUAGCCCUGAUCAUCGCCAAGGAGACAGGAAACAAACAAGCACAGAAGGACAUAAAGAAGAAGAUGGAAGCAUUCAAAAGCUGCAGUAUUAUGUAG